GGAAAUCAGAAAGCGAGGUAGAAUUCAUUCUCUGAUAAUGUCGAUUUCACUCCACUCCAAUGCUAAGAUUUUGUGCACUAGAUUCUACCAUCAAUUUAACCAAAACCACCUAUUCCAACUCCCCGAUCACCUCCAUUUCCCUCCCAAUUACCGAUUCUCUGCCCUCGUUGAUCACAAAAGGUCCUCCACCUCGAUUGUUUACUGCAACAAAGAUGGAGAUGGGGGCGACGCCUUUACGUGCGUGAUGAAGUUCGGCGGCUCUUCGGUAGCGCUGGCGGAGAGGAUGAGAGAGGUGGCUAAUCUCAUCCAAUGUUUUCCCGAGGAGAAUCCAAUAAUCGUGCUUUCCGCCAUGGGAAAGACCACCAACAAUCUAAUUUGCGCAGGAGAGAAGGCUGUCAGCUGCGGAUUCACCAACGUGUCGGAGAUCGAGGAGUUGAGCCUUAUCAAAGACGUGCAUCUUAGGUUAUUUCUAUUUUUGAAAGCUCUAUGCAACAUACAAGGAAUAACUGUUGUGUUUUUCAGAACAGUGAACGAGCUGGGGAUUGGUGUGUCUGUGAUUACUGAACAACUGGAUGAAUUGGAGUUGCUUUUGAAUGGGAUAGCUAGACUGAAGGAGCUGACACCACGGACUCGAGACAAACUAGUUUCAUUUGGGGAGUGUAUGUCUACGAGGGUUUUUGCUGCCUAUCUUAAUAGCAUUGGCGUAAAAGCACAACAAUAUGAUGCAUUCGACAUUGGAUUUGUCACAACGGAUGAUUUCACAAAUGCAGACAUUUUGGAUGCAACCUAUCCUGCUGUUGCCGCUAAAUUACAUGCUGACUGGAUUAGCAAUAAAGCAAUUCCUGUAGUUACUGGCUUUCUCGGAAAGGGAUGCAAGUCUGGUGAGAUAACUGCUCUAGGUAGAGGUGGUAGUGACUUGACAGCUACUGUAAUUGGCAAAGCUUUGGGUUUACGAGAAAUUCAGGUCUGGAAGGAUGUCAAUGGUGUUCUUACCUGUGAUCCCAGUAUUCAUCCGUGUGCAAAACCUGUUCCUUAUUUGACGUUUGAAGAGGCUGCAGAGCUUGCUUAUUUUGGAGCUCAGGUGUUGCACCCACAAGCAAUGAGACCAGCUAUGGAGAGCAACAUUCCAGUUAGAGUUAAGAACUCUUACAACCCUAAAGCCCCAGGCACUCUCAUCAGUAAAGAUAGAGACAUGACCAAGGCUCUACUCACUAGCAUAGUCCUAAAGCAGAAUGUUACGAUGCUGGAUAUUGUUAGUACUCGAAUGUUGGGUCAGUUUGGCUUCCUGGCAAAGGUAUUUGCAAUAUUCGAAGAUUUGGACAUAUCUGUGGAUGUUGUAGCAACUAGUGAAGUCAGUAUCUCGGUUACACUUGAUCCAUCAAAAAUUUGGAGCAGAGAGCUAAUUAAGCAGGAACUUGACCGCGUGGUUGAAGAGCUUGGAAAAAUUGCUGUUGUAAAACUUCUGCCGCAGAGAUCAAUUAUCUCCCUCAUUGGCAACAUCCAAUAUUCUUCUUUGAUAUUGGAAAAGGCGUUCAGUGUCUUCAGGAGACAUAACGUGAACGUGCAGAUGAUCUCACAAGGAGCUUCCAAGGUGAACAUGUCCCUGAUAGUAAAUGACAGUGAAGCAGAAGAGUGUGUCAAGGCCCUUCACUAUUCCUUCUUCGAGAGCGGCGAAGUGGCACUCACCAACGCUUAGGCUGACUCUAACUGGGGCCCUUUAACCAACUUAUUACUACUAUAGUUGUUAUUGUGAGUAUACUUGAUAUGCUUUCACAAUCGCUGCCUUAGAUCCAUCAUUUUAGUGACUCUUACUCAGAUUGUAACUCGGUUGUUUUUAUUCUGUAAUUCGUAAAUUAGUUUUUUUUUU